UCAGCGCGUCAUCCCACGCGCAUCAGAGGGCGGGAUUCCCCCCGCUUAAACCGGGGCAUUCCUUUCUCGUUAAUCCAAUUCUGCCUUUUCCUUCCGUAGGUUUUAGUUUAAAUUUUUCAGCCCCAGUUUUUCUUUUUCCAGCCAAUGCCGAAAAGUAUAAACCCUCCAAACCCUCACUCGUCCCUUGUUCCACUACCAAACUAACCUUUUCCUUCUCUUUUUCCCUUCUAAUUAAACCUCUCAGUCAUCGCCAAAUGGACGAGUCCUCGUUGCAACUCAUCUCUGGAAUCGGCGCCAAACUCGAACAACUCACUCGUCCUAGCAAAGAUGUCAUCGUCAAAUCUCUCCGUAAAGUUGUGAGUGUGUUGUCGCAAAUAGAGCAGCCUUCAGUUGUUGAAGUUGCCACAAAGGCGCUAGUUGUGGGAAAACUGGAAGAUGUCACAAAGCCUUUGAGGAAAUCUAUUGUUAAGCACGGUCUAUCUAACCACACUGAUAAAGAUGUUAGACUUUUGGUGGCCAUUUGUGUCAGUGAAUUUUUUCGGAUCCUGGCACCUCAACCACCUUUUGCAGAUAAAUAUCUUAGGGAUAUGUUUAAACUCAUUCUCAGCAUGUUCAUGGAGCUUGCUGAUACUACCAGCGCAUUCUUCUCAAGGAGGGUUAAGAUAUUGGAGACUGUUGCUCAAUGUAAAUGUUGUGUGAUAAUGCUGGAUAUUGACUGCAGUGAUUUGAUUCUUGAGAUGUUUAAUAUUUUUUUCUCGGUUGUGAGAGAACACCAUCAACAGAGUUUAAUCAAUGAUAUUUUGUCUAUAAUGACUCAUAUUUUAAACGAGGAAGUGUCUCACCAGCUUACGGACGUAAUUUUGCGAAAUCUUGUACAAGAGAGUAAGGGUGCAACUUCUGCAGCUUCUCAGCUUGCUGCCUCUGUUAUCCAAAGUUGUGCAGAAAAGCUUCAGCCCUUUGUUUGUGGAUUUUUAACAUCUUGCUCCUUGGAUAGAGAUGCUGUAGGGAGUGAGCUCAAAGAAUUCUAUCAUGAGAUUGUGUUAAAACUUUUUCAAUGUGCUCCUGAGAUGCUUAAUGCUAUUAUCCCCAACUUAACCCAGGAAUUAAUGACUGAUCAGGUUGAUGUCCGAAUAAAAGCUGUUAAUCUAAUUGGAAAACUUCUUUUACGACCUGAAUACCGUCUUGCACAAAGAUAUCAUGCUCUCUUUGUAGAGUUCUUGAAAAGAUUAUGUGACAAAUCUUCAGAAGUUAGAGUGACUGCUCUACAAUGUGCUAAAGCUUGUUACUUGGCCAAUCCCUCAGGGAUAGAAUCCCAUGAACUUCUCACUGCCAUUGAAGAUCGACUGUUGGACUUUGAUGAUAAAGUGAGAAUGCAGGCAGUGAUUGUUGCCUGUGAGCUUGCUGGGUCUAACCUUAAAUAUAUUUCAUCCAAACUAAUAUCUGAGGUUAUAGAGAGGCUUAGGGAUAAGAAGAUUUCUGUUAGAAAGAAAGCCCUGCAGAAAGUGAUGGAAGUAUAUCGAGAUUAUUGUAACAAGUGUGCAGAAGGCCACAUCACAAUGUGUGAUCACUUUGAGCAGAUUCCAUGCAAAGUCUUGAUGCUUUGCUAUGAUAAAGAUUGCAAAGAAUUCAGGUCCCAAAACAUAGAACUUGUUGUUGCAGAGGAAUUAUUUCCGGUGCUUCUUCCAGUUGAAGAGAGGGCAAGACACUGGAUCCAUUUGUUUUCUCUUUUUAGCCCUUUGCAUGUGAAGGCCCUGAGUGCUAUUUUAUCUCAGAAACGAAGGUUGCAAACUGAAAUGCGGAAUUAUUUGGCCAUACGGAAAGAGAAGGAGAAUAGUUCAGAGGAUAUGAAGAAGAAAUUGAAGAGUUCUUUUGUUAAAAUGUCAGCUUCAUUCCCAGAUCCUUCCAAAGCUGAAGAGUGCUUUGAUAAAUUGAGUCAGAUGAAGGACAACAACAUUUUCACUUCACUGGGCCUGUUGCUGGAUGAAGUGACACUUAAAAAUGCCCUGGUGAUAAGAGAUAAAUUCCUUAAAGUGAUAGGAGAUAAACAUCCACAUUUUGAGUUUUUGCAGUUGCUCUCCUCAAAAUGCUCGUUUAAUAUAUUUGACUCAGAGCAUGUUUGUUGCAUUCUCAGUCUCAUUUCCACUAGUGGGUUGGGAAGCAAUAAUUUGGAGGCUUUUUCUAUUGAACUACUCCUGGUUAUCAUCAGCAAUUUCCCAUCUCUCAUGAGGGGUUCAGAAUUGCAGUUUCGUCUGUUGUUUGAAGAGAAAUAUCUGAUUCAUGAUAAGAUCAUUCAAGUUUUAGCGAAAGUGGGGUCUCAUAUCUCUGUCAAUUUCAGUGAUUUUUACCCUGUUUUGAAGAAGAUCUGUCUUGAGGGAACUCGUACUCAGUCAAAAUAUGCUGUUUCUGCAAUUGCUUCAUUAAUAGAUGUGCCUAAGCAAUAUGUUUUCACAGAAUUAUGUGAGGAACUUGUGGAUUCUCUACAUAGCGGGCAGAAUAUUGCGACUGUUUUGCAGUCUUUGGGCUGUAUUGCCCAAUAUUCGGUUUCAACUUUUGAAGAUCUUGAUCAAGAAAUCACACAACAUGUCUAUAAAAAUAUUUUUCAGGCAAAGUCAUUGGAUGAUCUUUCUGUCACUGAGGAUAGCUCUGGGUGUACUGUUACUUGCAAAUUAAAGAUUUAUGGGCUUAAGAUGCUUGUCAAGAGUUUUUUGCCACAUCGAGGAUCUCAGGUCAAUAGACAAAUUAAUCCAUUGUUGGGCAUUUUGUUGAAGAUGCUCCAGAAGGGUGACAUGUUUGAUAAUAUUUUUUCAUGUACAUAUGGAGAUCCAUUGGACCUUGGGCUACACAAAGGCAGUGCAAGUGACAAGGCUUAUAUAAGAUUGGCUGCUGCAAAAUCUGUUCUCCAGCUUUCUAGAAGAUGGGACCUACAUAUUUCUCCUGAUAUUUUUCGCUUCACAAUUUUGAUGGCAAAGGAUUCUUCUUCUUUUGUCAGGAGAUUAUUUCUUGAUAAAACACACAAGCUGUUGAAGGAACAUGUUAUACCUAUAAGAUAUGCUUGUGCCUUCACUCUGGCCACUUCUGAUAGCCUCAAGGACCUACAGCAUGAUUCAUUCAAAUAUAUGGUGGAAUUUAUCAAGGAAUACAGUAGAGAAGCUCGAAUACGCCAAACAUCCAUGUCGCAGGGAGGGUCAAUUAUGGAUUUCCCAGCAUACAUAGUGGUAUUCUUGAUCCAUCUUCUUGUGCAUGAUGCAGGCUUCCCAUCUGAAGAUUGUCAGGAUGAAGCAAUGUAUGCUCAAUUUUGCGGUCCACUUCUUUCAUUCCUAAACGCAUCAAUGAACUCCAGUGUCGUUGAUGGUGAUUUGGAUCUUGUUAAUAAUGCUGCCUUGUAUUUGAAUUAUAUAUUUCGUGCUAUUAAAAGAGCUAAGGACGCUGUUGAUGCUCAGAGAACUCCUAGGCUGCACUUUCUAGCAGACAUUGGAAUUUCUGCUGUAAAUUCCUUACAUCGAAAUGGCAUCUCAUCUGUUUGCACACUGGGAACGAUCUUGCUUCCAUCAUCAUUAUAUAAAAUAACUCCUAUGGAAAGUGAAGAGGCUAAUUUGAAAUUUCUUACUCAAAGUUUUGUUGAGAGGGUAGUUCACGUUUUCAAGUCGCAAGUCUCUCUGCCAGUUGGCUCUGUUCAUAAACGUGGUCGAAAGUGUCAUGAGGAUGGUACUUUGAACAUGGUAUUGGGCAAGCAAGUUGAUUUUUCAACUUGUGGGGCACUUGAAACCCAUAAGAGAUCUACAAGGAUGGAAACCAGUUCAGGACGUAGGCGAGGACAUGUUGUUCCUCCAAAUGCACUGGUAUCUAUUGGAUCCCAUAAUAAGGGUUUUACUGAGGAGCUGGAAUAUGGUGCAUCUAACAGUUCCGAAGCAGCUUUAGAAAAACGUCAACCUUUUUCUUCUUCUGGUUCUGUCACUCAGAAACCUUCUCAGAUGGAAUCACAAGUUUCAACUCAGAAAUUUGAAAGAAGUAAUGCUUUGAAAGGAAAUAUUGGGGCAGGUAAGAUUAUUAAUGCUGAAGCUUCCAAUAGUCGCAAAGUGAAGUUCAAUAUUGCUUCAAAAGAAUUGCCUAGUGCAAAUGAGGUAUUAAUUGGACAGCGGAUCAAAGUAUGGUCUACCUUUGAUAGCUGUUUUCAUUCGGGCACUGUGGAUGACUUUAACCCUGAAAACAACACUCACAAGAUCACAUGUGAUAAUGGGGAAGUUGAAAUAUUAUGCUUGGACAGUGAGAGCUGGGAGACAAUAAGUGACUGUUCCUUGACAGAGAGGGAGGUUGUACCGUCAGAUAAGGCAAACACCUUGCAUUUGCGGCAAUGUGGCAAAGACACACUUGAUAAAUUUAGAGGUGAUGCUAAUCAACAGUCGAAGACGAAAUUAAAUAUGGAGGAUAGAAAGUUUCGUAGCAGAAAAGUUCCCUUGUCUGAGAAGAGAAAGAAGGGACAGAUUUUAUCCAGAGACUUGUCAUCAGUGUCAGAAAUUAUCAAUAUAGAUGAAGAUGCUGUCGCUAAAAGAACUCGGAGAAGGAAAUUAUAAGUAGUUGUUAAGAAAAAGAGCAAAUGCACUCCCCGCUGGCUCACCCGUACUUAAAACUUUUUUACCAAGUUUUUCAUCUCUGAUACUACUAUUUUGUAAUUAUUUGCUUUUUUUUAAAAACAAAAUUUUGUUGGUAAAUGUCUUGUAACCAUCUGUUACAUGAUUGAUUUUGGCAGAUGUAAACUAUACCAUCUUUUGGCAACCAACUUGAAUUGGGUGUAACUUCAAACAGAAAAAAAAGAAGGUCAACAAAAAAAUCUUGUUGAUUAAAUGCAAAAUCAAGCUUGUUAUUUGUGGGGUGACAUUGUGCUUCUAAA